AUGAAGGAAAUGAUACUAGAUCCUAAAGAUGGACAACAAACAGUACGAAUUAUUGCUAUUCGAGAAUUUUUUAAACGAGGCGAUUUCAUUCUAGUGGAACCAAUCGAAGAGGGCGAUAAAGUUAAAGCAGAUAUUUGUAAGAUCUUAACAGUCGAACAUAUCAAGGAAUACAUCAAGGCUGAAAGUAAUUAUGUUAAAGAAAGCUUUGAUGAAAACGUAGAGGAAAAAUUCAUUGGACCAUGUCAUUUAUCUCCGAAUAGAAAUCGCCCAAACAUUUUAGCAGCAUUUGAAGAUGAGAGUACAAGUUCAGAAGAUGACAGCUAACUUAAAUGCUUACCAAUUUACAUAGCAAAAUGUGCAGAUUAUCUAUUUUUAAUAUCUACUAU